UCAACUGAAAACCCUAGAUUUUGGUGACAUUCAAAAUGGUGAGGGAGGAGCAACCCAACAAGCUGCGAUGGGGGGAGCUAGACGAGGACGACGGCGAGGAUUUGGAUUUCCUGCUGCCACCUAAACAGGUUAUCGGUCCCGACGAGAGCGGGAUUAAGAAGGUCAUCGAAUACAAGUUCACCGAUGAUGGAAACAAGGUUAAGGUUACCACCACCACGCGCAUCCGCAAGCUCGCCAACGCCCGCCUCAGCAAGCGCGCCGUCGAGCGCCGAUCCUGGCCUAAGUUCGGCGAUGCCGUGCACGAGGACGUCGGCAGCCGCCUCACUAUGGUGUCUACGGAGGAGAUCCUCCUUGAACGCCCCCGUGCUCCUGGUACAAAAUCAGAGGAAGCUAAGUCAUCUGGCGAUGCUCUAGCUCAAAUAAGUAAAGGAGGUGCUGUGCUCAUGGUAUGUAGGACUUGUGGGAAGAAGGGUGACCAUUGGACCUCUAGAUGUCCUUACAAGGAUCUUGCUCAACCAAGUGAGACCUUUGUUGAUAAGCCGCCAACUGAAACUAAUCCUGCAACAGGUAGUACAAAGGGCGCUUACGUUCCUCCUAGCAUGAGAGGCGGUGUGCCUGAGAGUCGCGGUACUGACAUGCGGCGUAGAAAUGAGGAAAACUCAGUCAGGGUUACCAACCUAUCUGAAGACACAAGAGAGCCCGACUUGCUUGAGCUUUUCCGUCCUUUUGGUUCAGUGAGCCGAGUUUAUGUUGCUAUUGAUCAGAAGACUGGGACAAGCAGAGGUUUUGGUUUUGUCAAUUUUGUCAACAGAGAAGACGCUGAGAGGGCCAUCAACAAGCUUAAUGGGUAUGGAUACGACAAUCUCAUCCUAAGAGUUGAAUGGGCUGCUCCUCGGGCGAACUAGUUAUUGGAACGCAUAAAAAGUGCAUAUGCAUUCUUGGUCAUUGAGGGAGACUAGUGGGAGAAGAUGGCAACAUUCGAUUUUGUCUGCACCAGGUCGUGUGAUGGUUUAUUGAUUACAUUCAACAAGUAUAAAUUUGGAGUUUUUAUCAGUUAUAUUCAACUAGCAUGUGGAAGAGGGCUUAUCUUCUUACACAAUCAGUUUUUACCAAGUAAUUUUAUGACUGGAAAUGCUAUUGUCGUAUGUUGUA